AUUACUGUCAAAAUAUUAGAUACGAAUGGGUGUUGAUUUUCGAUUUUAAAGCAAAUAAUUAACAAUAAAGGUGUAUGGAAAUUGCUGCAAAAUGAGCGCGAAUAACCGCAAAGGUCCUAUCGUGGACCCGGGUGUGUGUAGAUGCUGUGGUGCAAUCAGAAAGUGUCGAUUAUUGAACGUGGAGUACGAAUGGUCGGGACAACGCGAAGUUUAUGCCGAUAUGUUCGUCGAUUGCUUCGGUUUAGUGCUAUCCCACUUGGAGGGCGAGGAGGCGGAGCGCCUGAUCUGCGCGACGUGCGUGGUGCGGCUGCGGGACGCGCGCGCCUUCCGACAACAGGUGCUGCUGUGUGAGGAGAAACUCCUCAGCGCCAAUGUGCAGAUACAUGAUGAUGAUGAAGACAGGAUGAAAAUGGAUGUGGAAGUGAAGCAGGAGUUGGAUAUGUCCCACGACGAUGUCUCCGUCACCAACGAUGAUCACCACGACCCGAUAGAUGACAGCACUGUGCCACAGAACAAGGAUAGAGAGGCUACCGCCACUGCCCUUUCCAUACAAGUUAAAAUAGAGGACAUGCAUGAAGAGACAGUGAUGCCGCUGUCGCCGGUGCCGCUAGAGGGCGCCUCUGACGAACAGGCCAAGACCGAUAUGUUGGACAAACUUAAUCAUAUGAAGAAAAAGCUUGAUGAAUUGCAACAAAGUGAGCCCCGCCCAACGUACCAAGCAUACAGACAGCCAAACACAGUGGACAAAGACCUCCAUAUACUGCGGAACAUUGUCAAAAUCGUAGAAAACUCAUACGUAUGUCCUUUCCUAACUGUUUUUAGCGACUAUCAUUGCGUCUAUUGCAAGGAAAUGUUCGUAGACCCUAUAGAGUUGAGGAAACACACGCUCUCACAUGACCCUAAGACCUAUAGGGAUGUAGUGGACAAUAAGAAGUUAAUUCAACUCGAUAUCGGUAAAAUUGACUGCAGAUUAUGCGAUGAAAAGAUCGAUACUAUCGAUAGUUUGAAAGACCACAUCACUAGUGUUCAUAACAAAAAGUUUUACACAGAUGUUUCGAAUGAAUUCCUGCAAUUUAAGCUCAAAAUUGGUACGUUAACUUGUGUAGAAUGUGGAAAGAAAUUCGGCUUCUUUCACGCCUUAAGAAAACAUAUGGCUGUACAUUUUGGCACGUAUAUUUGCGACGUUUGCGGCGCACAUUACUUCGAGGAAAGACAUUUGAUAUUUCAUAAAAAUUCCCAUAACAAAAAAGACGUUAAAAUGUUCCAUUGUAAUGAAUGUGAUAAAACUUUUCGCUCGAAAUAUUCUAGAAAUUUCCACGUAGCUAGGAUACAUAAAAAUGAGCCGGCGUACCCUUGUAACAAAUGUGAAGAGGUCUUCAUUUCAUACCAUAUGCGAUAUCGACAUAAAAUGAAUGUACAUGGUGAAAAAAGGCAAUUUCCUUGCGAUGGCUGUGAUAAAGUCUUUGAUAGCCGCAAAACUUUGAGGGAACAUAACCAAAGGACCCAUUUGCAGUUACUAAGACAUCAAUGUACUUUUUGUGAUAAAAAGUUUUAUCUACCAUCGGCUUUAAGGGACCAUAUGACGUCACACACUGGUGAAAGGAACUUUAGAUGCGAGUUUUGUGGCAAAAACUACCCUAGGUCUAAAGCUUUAAAGGUGCAUUUGCAAUCUCAUAGCGCUGAGAAGAAAUAUAAGUGUUGUUUAUGCCCGUCUGCGUAUACGCAGGUGACUAAUUAUAGGAAUCAUAUGAGGACGAAGCAUCCUGGGAAUGAUUAUGAUUGAAUUUAGAUUGCACGGUUGGUGCGGUGGCUGGGUUCGAUUCCCGCACGGAGCAACUCUUUGUGUGAUCCACAAAUUGUUGUUUCGGGUCUGGGUGUCAUGUGUAUGUGAACUUGUAUGUUUGUAAACGCACCCACGACACCGGAGACAAUCCUAGUGUGGUGCAACGGUUUUUAUUUAUAAAAAUAAUUAAUAGCCUGUAUAUGAUUGUUUAAAGUAUUUUGGUGUCUCGUUUGUUGAUAAGUCGCUUAAGGUUUCGGGUUCGAUACCCAAGUGUGACAAAGAAUUGUUAAUAAAUUGUUUAUUAAAACUAUUGUAUUUUGUAUAUAAUAAAAUAACUGAUGAAAUGAAAUGUGUAUUUGUAUGGUGCCAAAACUUAAGAA